UAUAUACAUUGAUAUAAUUAUUAUCUUUGUUCAGUUUGGAUUUUUUUUUACAAAAUACCUACACAGAAAAAUAAAAUUAUAUAUAAUUUCAUUAUAUAAUGUCAUAUAUGACAGUAAAAUUUCAAAAACCUUAGUAAGAAAAACUAUAUGAUACAUGUAAAGUCGCUGUCAGCGGCAAUGUUUCCCACCUAUAAUAUAAAUAAAAAAAAAUAUGUUCAAAACAUGGCUGUACUAUUCAUACUAUUCACCAGGUGCUAUUAUGAUUUUCAUGUUCAUGAUUGCUCAAGUGUUUUGCAAUUUACAAGUAUAUAGCUGUCCAAAAAGUCCUCUGACAAUACAUCCGUGCAAAUGCUUUAAUACUACGAAUUUCGGAAUCAAAGCAGAGUGUAUAAAUGCAAAUCUAGCUAGUAUAUCCCUUGCUUUGGCUAAUAUUGCUGACAAACAGAUUUCAGUUGAUACUUUGCUCAUCGAUACAUCUAAUUUUGGCGCUUUAUUCGGGACUAUCUUCCUUAAUUUGAAAGUUAACAAAAUUUCUAUUCAAAAUAUACCCAUCAAGAACAUUGAUGAAUAUGUAUUUUAUGGAGCUAACGAAACUUUGAUGGAUCUAGAUUUUACAAAUACAUCGUUAAAAGUUUUUCCGAAAUCAUUUAAAAUAUUAGGCAAGCUGAUGUAUCUCAAACUAAAUAGACAUCACAUUACAACUUUGGAUCCAAGCGCAUUUGAUGGUCCAAUAAAGGAAAAACUUGAACGUUUACAUUUAUCAAAUGGAAACCUUUCCGAAAUCAGUAUAGAGUUUUUGCAACCAUUACGGAAAUUAAAAACUAUCGAUUUACAUGGAAAUCAACUUGACUCCCUUAAAAGAAAUCAGUUCAAAAAUUUGCGUGAUUUAGAAAGCCUUGACAUAAGCUACAACAACAUUGCGAAAAUUGACUCGUCUCAUAUUGCCGAAUUAACUAAAUUGAGUUUCUGUAACAUAUCACACAAUUCUAUAACCGAAAUAGCUAGAGGUACGUUUGCACGAAAUUCUGUGCUCCGUCUAUUAGACAUAUCUGGUAAUAAAAUAAAACGUCUGGACGCAAAUAGUUUCCGGGGUAUGAGAUUUCUAAGGCGGUUGUAUUUGAAUGAUAACUUGAUAAGUGAUGUUGGACGUGGAACAUUUUCGUCGAUUACUCGUAUUGGAACUAUUGACUUAGCCAGAAAUCAAUUGAAAAAAGUUGAUUACCAAAUGUUUGCAUCUCUAAAUUAUAUUGAGAUCAUUAAUUUGGCUGAAAAUAAAAUUGUUGAAAUUCAAAAACAAUCUUUCAAGGACUUGUAUUUGACACACAUAAAUAUAUCACAUAAUUUUAUAGAAAGGUUUGAACCGCAAUCGUUUGAAAAUUGUGUGAAUAUGUCUAUUCUCGAUCUGUCACAUAAUUCCAUAACAACAUUUACAAAGAAAACAUUCGAUGAACUGUCAUAUGCAACCGAGAUCAUACUGUCCUUCAAUCGGCUUACAAAUUUAUCAGCGGUCCCGUUGGGAAAUAUGACUGGAAUAAAAGUCCUGAAUGUGUCAUACAACCAAAUCUUGGAAAUACCAAAAAAUACAUUCCCCAAAUUAUAUGAAUUACAUACAAUUGAUAUAUCACAUAAUAACCUCACACAAAUCUUCAAUGGAGUAUUUCAAACGUUAUUUUCAUUUCGAUAUUUAAACUUAAGUUUUAAUCGAUUGGAAGAGAUCAAGUCGGCAACUUUUGGAACAAUACCUACAUUAUUAGAAAUUAAUCUUAAUGACAACAAGUUACGAAAUGUGGCAAAGAGUUCAUUUACAAAACUUGAGAGCUUACGUUCAUUAACAAUAGAAAAUAAUCAACUUACCCACAUAUUCGAUAUACCAAAUGCAUUAAAUUAUCUAAGUUUGUGUAAUAACAGUAUUUAUUCAAUUCCUUCGAGAACAUGGCCUUCAAUGAAUGCACUGAUAGUGUUAGAUUUACGACAUAAUUUAUUAGAGAAUCGACUGAACGAAGAUAGUUUCCGGGGUUUAUUAUCCUUACGACAUAUUUAUUUAAGUAACAACGGUAUUACUAUGAUUCCUAGCACAAGUUUUCCUAUCUUGUCAUCAUUACAAUAUCUUCAUUUAGAAAAUAAUAAAAUAAGAGAUAUUCCAUUGAGAGCCUUUGGUAAAUUGCCAGUUGUGUUUGAAAUUAAUUUGAGUAAAAAUUUAAUUUCAAAUAUAAGUUCUAAAGCAUUCGACGGUCUAUUGCAUUUGUUGACAUUGAAUUUGUCAAGAAAUAACAUUUCUGUCAUUCCAAUCGAUGCUUUCUACGGGUUGGUUUCUUUGCGAAACUUGGAUAUAUCAUUCAAUAGUCUGGAAAAACUUGACAAUAAGACAAAUGGAGUUUUAGAUGGCUGUCUCAGUUUAGAAAAUAUUAAUUUGAGCAACAAUAAAUUUAGUUUUAUCACAAAGAAAACUUUUCCAUCGGAUCCGUAUAUUCCAUAUCCUCUGAAAGAAAUUGAUUUGAGCUACAAUGAAAUUCCAGUUCUUACCUAUGAUUUGGCUUUUGGCACGCAGAAUGUCAAGUUUUUGAAUAUUUCACAUAAUUAUAUUAACGAAAUUCGAUCAAAUAUUUUGUCAAAUCUAACUCAAAUCGAAAUACUGGACAUAUCAUAUAAUGAACUUACUACUCUUUCUAAUGAUGAUUUUAACUUCACGUUAUCUGAAAAAUUAACAAACCUAUAUGCCAGUAAAAAUAAAUUCCGAUACUUUGAAAUCGGAAAUUUACAAUAUCCAGCCACACUCAACUUUUUGGACUUACAGAAUAAUUUGAUUGAAUUAUUUGACUUAAAGUUAUUAACGCAAGUAAAACGUGGACUCCAACUGCAUAUUUCAGGGAAUCCAUUACGAUGUGAUUGCAACAUAAGACCGUUGAAGCAAUUUUAUCAAACUGUAUUAAAUAAACCAAAAAGUUAUAGUGACAUUAUUUGUCGUGCACCUGAUGUAUUAUCAAACAAGCAUCUGGAAGAGAUAGAUGAUGAGAGUUUGAAUUGCAUUAACAAAACCAUAAACAAUGAUUUAUACGCAAUACCUGACUUAAAAUUUCGUGAAAUAUUCUUUUUCAGAGGAAACCUCUCAAUUUCUUGGUCAGUACUCCAAAUGAGUAAAGACAUCGCUGGUUUUCAUAUUUCAAUUCGAAAUCCAAGUAAUCAGAUCAUCGUCGAACAUCAUUUACCAUAUGACCGUCGAAUGGAUUUCAUACCCGGAAAUGAAAUUUGCCAAAUGAAAUGUGAACAUUUGGAACUGUGCAUUUUAGCAAAAGAUAGCCAAGGUUCCAUUAACAGUUGGUUUGAUACACAAUGUACUUUGUUGCCAAAUAAUUUUGAAUAUAUUCUUGAAAAAUACUCAGUUGAUAGUGAUAAAGUAUAUGUUAUACAAACAACACGAAAAAACGUUAAAACUCAAGAUAUUGAUGAACAUUAUGGUACGAAAUCGUCUUCAAGCAGUUCAAAUUCAAUAUUAAAAUUGUGUAAAGUGUUGCAAUUUAUUUUGGUUAUCUGGUUUUAUAAAGUUGUAUUAUGUCAAUAAUAAAAAGUCUUGAGU